AUGCCACCAAUUCGCAAAAAAGACCCCCUAAAAUCCACUCAGGAUGAGGGAAAGGUCGAAUUAGCUAUUUCCGAUUUAAAAAAUGGAAGAAUUCGCAGUAUUCGUGAAGCUGCAAGAAUCUAUAUGGUUGCUCGUACAACUCUUCAAGAUCGAAUGAAAGGAGUGCCGUAUCGACAAAUAACACGCGCCAACAACCAUAAAUUGAGUCAAUCUGAGGAGGAUUUGCUUGUCAAAUGGGUGCUUGAUUUAACUAAACGUGGAUUACAGCCCCGGCACUUUCUCGUACGAAAUAUGGCUAAUUAUCUUCUCUCACAACAUGGAGAUCAACGGGUUGGAGAUAAAUGGGUAUAUAAUCUUGUUCAACGUCGCCCAGAGAUUGAAUCCAAAUUCUCACGAAAAUACAACUACGAACGUGCCAAAUGUGAAGAUCCAAAGAUUAUACAAGGCCAUUUUGACCGCGUAAGAGAUAUAAUAUCUGAGUACGGCAUCUUACCAGAAGAUAUCUAUAAUUUUGAUGAGACGGGCUUUGCUAUGGGACUCUGCGCAACUGCAAAGGUUAUUACUGGAAGCGAUCGAUAUGCUCAGCCAAAGCUUCUACAGCCUGGAAAUCGAGAAUGGGUGACUGCAAUUGAGGCAACAAAUUCAACCGGAUGGGCUCUGCCUUCGUACGUGAUUUUCAAAGCAAAGAAAAACGUACGAUUAGGCUGGUUUGAUGAGCUUCCGGAUGAUUGGAGAAUCAAUAUUCGCGAUAAUGGCUGGACUACAGAUCAGAUAGGAUUAGAAUGGCUUAAAACCCAUUUUAUUCCUCUUACUAGUGGUCGUACAUUGGGAACAUAUAUCUGUAUGCCUCCUCAUUCUUCACAUCUCUUACAGCCUCUUGAUGUUGGCUGUUUUGCAGUUCUAAAGCGAUAUUAUGGGCAGCUUGUUGAACAACGAAUGAGGCUUGGUUUUAAUCAUAUUGACAAAAUCGACUUCUUAACAGCAUUUCCACAGGCUCGUACAGUGGCAUAUAAAGCUCAAACUAUUCGGAAUAGCUUCGCAGCCACCGGAUUAGUGCCUUUCAAUCCAGAUCGAGUUCUUCAACAUCUCAAUAUUCAAUUGAAGACUCCAACCCCCCCUCCAAGUCGAUCAAGCAAUACAGCAUCAUCCUGCUUACAAACACCUCAAAAUAUACGCCAAUUUGUACGCCAGUCAACUACAAUCAAUAAGCGUAUAAAUAAGCGUACAGGAAGCCUGAAUCAGAAUGAAGAAAUCAAUCAGGCAGUUAUACGGUUAUCAAAAGCCUACGAAAUACUAGCGAAUGAUGCUUUACUCGUACGGAAAGAAAACCGUGAUUUACGAGCUGCGCAUGAAAAAGAGAAGCAAAAGCGCAAAAGAUCUAAUAAACAGAUAUUCUAUUGA